UUUCACCCGCUCUGUUUCGUCGAGGCGUGCUUGUGACGUGGUCGCAGCCAAUGGGAUUUGAGGCGCUGUUUCGCUGAGACGACAGACGCCGGCUUUUUUGCUCAAUGGGCCAUUUGACGCUUUCGCAUAAAUAAUCGCUACAGAAUAAUGACGAUGUGGUUAUGUUGAGCUCGCGUUCACGCUUCAUCUGCACGGACCGCCCUACCUGUGUACUUUUGGUACUGGGGCCAAUUCUGUACCAUGCAAUACACUCAGCCAUGGAGCACCCGCAACGAUGAUACGAUAGGCAAAAAACACUGUGCUUUAAACAUGCACCCAUAGAGUGCCCCAAUAUUGCAACCAGCCGAUCCGCGCAUAGUGAAGCAUCCGCAUGGCCGCGUUUGCCACGUGGCCGUGCUAUGCGAGUGUAUGGCUGAUAUAUUAAUUGAGUAAUCGAAAGACUGGUUCCGAAUGCAUUUACUAACCAAUUUGAGUCCACGGCACUUUUAUGUGCUGCUUUGAAUAACUGCGUGUGGUACAGGGGUUCCCAUAGUUGCCCAAUGCAUGUGGCGCAUACUUUAGCAGCAGCGCUCGGCGUGUUUCGACUAAAGCAAUUUCAUUUCAAUCCUGCUCGCCACUCAUGGCGGCUGUAGCUGCUUAUUCGCAACUCCAGCAAUUCAUGCGACACCUAGCGGCAGUAGGGAGAAACGCCAUACAGAGGUCCAGUCGCCGUGUGAGCCGUAGAGGCUGCUGUCGCGGACGGAAGGAUGGAGCUGCUAGCAAAGAAAAAGCGAACGGCCAAGCAGCUCUGCUGUGUUCCUCGGUGCGUGUCAGCGAGAUGGAAGGACAGCGAUAUUUCCGUUCACGCAUUUCCCUCCGAGUCGAAAGGCUGAAGCCGUAGGACCAGGUGGAUCGCUAGCCUCCGCAUCGGCAAGGCUGUGACGCUGACAAUGACUGUUUGCUCACGGCAUUUUGCACGGGAUAAUUUCUUCUUACCAGAUGUAGCAUGCCAAAGAUGGCGGCUGAAAAAAAUGCAAUACCAACUGAAAACCUGCCAAGGACGUCAUGUUAUGAUGAGAACAAGGAUGCUCAUAUGAAAGAGCUUUCACUGGCAAGACUUCGCUGACGUGCAUAUCGGUCAGCCAGAAAUGAAUCAAGCAAAGAAACUGCUGCCUCCCCAUUAGAAGCAAAGGUGUUGCCCCAUGCACCUGUCGGCACGACCACCAUGGUAACAUGGCUGCCUGCAACUUGUGCACACAUUGCUUCACCACUAAUUCCUUGGGAUUAAACUCUGACAUUGCAGGACGAUCUCCCAUCCCCUGACAGCAACAGCAUGGACCAAUAAGUGACAAAGGAAAUAUGGUAAUUUCUUUUUGUAUAUGUAUGCGUUGUGGUAGCUGUCUUUACUUAAACGGUGGCAUGCUUUCUAGAUUUACAUUGUAAAAGCAUUGUAGCACGUGGUGUCUGAUGGGUGCACAUUAACUGCAACUUGUGGACACAUUGCUUGUGGAUCUUGCUUUUGUUUUGUGACAGGAAUGUGCUUGCCAACCUGGCCCCCGGACAUUCAUGGCAGAGUACUCAAGAGAAGAAAAAGACGUGGCAAAUUUCCUACUAGAAAUGGCUUCAGGGACAAGGCUUACAGAAAGCAAGGCUGUCCAAGUGACAUCGGGUACUUUUCCACAGAAGUUUGUGAACACGAUAAAUAGUAGCAACGUAAAUACAUUCACAGGCUUGCCAUCAUUCGAUGUGCCAUGGCUGGCGACAUUGCAAGUAGCCUGCAUUGCAUAGAGGCAUUUGUGCAUGUGUCCUUGGCUCCGUCAAAGCGUGGCGGCCUUGAGAGUAAGGGCAUGCGGUCUUCUGUUUGGAAAUCCAGCAUUUUUUAUGACACUCAGCCAUUUCAUACUUUUCAGACACGAUCGUUGCCAUGUGAUCUACAUGCUGCACUUGUUUGCAUUGGCCAAACCUGAAGACUUCAACUUCAACACACUUUUUGUAAAUUAGCAAUGCACAUUCUUUUGCAACUUGUAUUCUUCAUUGAAGUGCUGAUUUACGCUACACAUUCUGAUGCAAGUUUUCAUCUUAUGGUAUUCCAAGAUAUUUGCAGUUCACUUACAGUCUGUGUGCAUAGAGUUGUGGUUAUUCUUCAAUGGCUGUUUGUUGUCCCUUGCCUUACUUGUAUUCUUUCACAAAAUAAACCACAUGCACUCAAUUUUUUGUUCGCUCUACUCAGUGUCAAGGUGUUUGCCUCAUACGUUUUACUCCAGCCCAUUUUUGUUGCACUUUUUAGCAUAUGAGGGUAUAUCUUGCCAAACAGAACAUGAGAAGUAACAAGGAACAGUGUCAAACCUGCAUACAAUGAGUAUUUAAAAAGUUUGGCCACCAGAGUUGAGUACCCUGAAAGAAUGGUUUGAUUCAAAUGACCCCAGCUGGUAUAUGUACCAUAAUUUAUGCUUCUUCCCAAUUUGUUGAAUACAGUGCAAAUGGCUGUCCUGGGAAGCAUAACUAAACCACCGGUAAUACAUGAUGGGGAGACACUUGUGCAGACUUAACAUCAGUGAAUGAUAAUUAUUGACCUCCAGAGAGCAUAUAGAGCUGUCCUUACUAUCAACAUAUCAAUAAAUGGAAAGUAGGUGACAUAAAAGUUUAACAUGCACUUAAAGCACCUAACAAACACUUUAAGGGGCACUGAAACGCUUCCGACUGAUCAUAGUGACCUCACUACAAAAGGACAUCGCCUGCUGCAAAAUUUUUCGUAUCAUUGAAGUGUAAGCAGAAUUAGUAGUUAUUGCACCGAUGCAUUGCUUUCUCCUUUCGUCUCGGCUAGUGUGCUGGAAGCUACACAGUGCAUGGCAAGGGAGCAAGGUCCUGCUCAAGUUUCUUUUUUUUUUUUUUUUGACACAUUGCUACUUGUGGUUCAGGCACGCGUGGCACUCUCUAAACGCGAGAUGGACGCCUGGAACUACAUCACUUUGGGACCAAUCAAUACACAUGGCUGUCUGAUCGUCCUGCGAACAGGGCUUGUGGUGGUCGUGGUAUCUAUAUUAUGCAGCAUGCCAGUUUCAGGGCCCUUUUAAGAAGGGCACAAACAAAGACAAUAAAAGUUGGUUUCAUGAGUUCUGCCUGAGUCGCCACUGAUAUCAUGCAGUUGCUCGUGCACAACUUGUGAAACAAUAACGUAUAAGCCAUAGGAAACGAACAGUCAUGUCGGCAAAAAAAAAAAAAAAAGCAGGAUAUGUAUUGUGAUAGGUAAUCUCAAGCGCCACAGCACAAGGUGAAGCUAAGUUGCAGUUUGGCACAUAAUAGCACAUAAUAGGAUCUCUUCUGCUUACAACGGUGCACGCACAUGAACAUUUCACUUUAUACAAUUUUUGCAAUAUGAACAGCAUUGAAACGCAAUGUAGAGAUUAAACAUUAAAGGGACUGACAACUACACCAAAUGUGCCAGGAUAAGGUGCCAGGAGAAACAGCCGAGAUGUGCUUGCACUUUUGCGACAAUCCAGCAGUGCACGAGCACUUAGCCUCCACGAUCGAUGGGUCCCGGAAUGUGUCGGUGAUUCUCACCACGAUCUCGUGCGGGUCCGCUGUCACGCCGGAGGUUUGCACACACGCGCGACCACUUCUACUUCAUUACUCACUGUACCACUGGUACCGACUAAAAUGAGGUGCUCGGCGUCCACUACCCGUUCUCCCUCCACAAAACAGCGUGAAUUAACAUCGCACUGCAAGAAACUUAGGGUGCGAUCUUGUACGCGUUCCAAAAUAGAACGGAGGCGGACCGUUCCAUCGAGCCGCACACGAUUGGUCAAUUUGAACCGCGACGAAUGCCAUGACGUCAAUUGUCACGUGAGCCGUGACGUCUUGCUGCUCAUAAUUAUUCCGUGUCGUCUGCUAACGGACGAACGCCACGGAACGGACGGAGAGUCCGUCCGGAGCGAUAGAACGGAUUAGAACGGCUACCAGACGGCUUGGAUUGGAUUAGAACGUAAGUGCUUGGAACAGUUAGCAUCUUUCGUAUCCGGGUCGAUCCGAUUCCGCGUUCCAACAGUUGGAGAACAUGGCGUUUUUCUCUGCCGUGCCUUUUCGUGUCGCCUGUGCGGCUGCUGCAGUCGCGCAGAGACGACGACCCGAGGUAGAUGAUGCAUUUGAAGAGUUGACGGAAGAAGAGUUCCGACAGUAUUUUCGUCUGUCCAAACGAACAGUGCGUAGCUUGUGCGACGAGCUUGACCCUAUCAUUGGAUGCCAGCGAGCCAGUGGCCUUUCUACAGAAAGGAAGGUGUUGUGCGCGCUGCGAUUCUUCGGCACCGGAAGCUUCCAGAGGAGCGUUGGUCGCGAGGAACACGUAGGCAUGGCACAAUCGGCCGUGAGCAGCACCAUUCACGAGGUGACGGAGGCCAUCAUUUCCGUGUCUGCCCGGCGAAAGUUGGUGGACUUUCCAUUAACACCGGCUGCCAAGGAUGAGGCAAAGGCGGCGUUUGCGCGACGCGGCGCCAUUCCAGGCGUGCUAGCGUGCGUCGAUGGCACAUUGAUCGCCAUUAUGAAGCCAGAAGGACUCAGCCCGGCUGACACGGCGAGCUUCAUGUCGAGAAAGGGUUAUUACGCCCUGAACGUCAUGGUCGUUUGCAAUGCGGAACUUCGCAUUCUUGUUGUAGACCCCCGGUUCCCUGGUUCGUGCCAUGACUCUUGGGUGUGGCAGCGUAACCCGCUGCGUGCACGCCUAGCCGCACAACUGCAGCCUGGCGAGUAUCUGCUUGGAGACUCAGGAUAUCCUCUCGAGCCAUGGCUGCUUGUUCCAGUACCUGGCAGCCAUGCCGGCACCACCUCUGAAGGCCACUACAACCAGGAGCACGCAUCCAUGCGCAAUGUUGUGGAGAGAUGUAUCGGGGUGUUGAAAAGCAAGUUCCGCUGCUUGCAGCGCUUUCGGACUCUGCUGUACAGCCCCGAUAGAGCAGCGCGAAUCAUUUAUGCAUGCGUUGCUCUCCAUAACAUUGCCUUGGAGGCGGGCGACUGGACAUUGGAGGAUUAUGGUGGGGAAGUGCCACCAGCUGAGGAGCCAGAGGAGCCAGGAGACAUCCAGGUGCUGGCACCACAAGACGUGUUCCUCAGAGGAAGGCAGCAGCGCAGCGCAGUUGUCAACCUUUUCUGAAGGACACAGGAAUGGUGCUCAGUGAUGUCCUGCGCUAUGGCGCGCACCUGCUCCAGGAUCCCCUCCUGGGCUGCUGCCGUCCGCUCUGCCGCGACAGCGAGGCGGGUCGUGGAGGCCUCGAUUCUGCGCAGCACCUGGAAUGAAUAAUCAUGGUGGAACUGUUCGCAUCAGUUGCUGAUUACUCGCAACCAGCUCACGGCUGCAAGCUGCUGUUGUGAAGAAUUGCAACGUGCACAACGAUUCCCUCUCUGCUGAAGAGCCACUGGCCUGAUGGCAUCCUUUGGCAGUGUCAAGCGUCGCGUACAAGCUAUGCCCUCUUCGUUUGGACAGACAAAGACCUGCUGGAACUACUCUUCCGUCAUCUACUCUAAUGCAUCUCUCACCAUCAAACAGCCCUUUUCAGGGCUAACCAACUUUUCGUCCGGCGGCUGAUCGUUGGCAAGACACGUUACCGAGCCCUCUAUACAACGCAUAUUUCUUGUUUACAUCCCAAGCUGAUUUGUUUUUCAGAUUCAUGAUUUACUUAUAACAAAGCAUAAAGAAUAUUUAUGUCCUUCAUGUAAAAUGACACCAAAGGGCCUACCAACCUGCAGCACCUCGUCGCCCUGUUCCAGGCUGCGGGCGCACUGCGACGACAUCGUCGUCAGGGUAUCCACCCGUCGCGGUCGCUGUCGACGUGGUGGCCGAACAGGGUGCUGCAACACUGAAAACAUACAGCAUUUUCUACAGUUGCACUGCAUGUUAUGGUACGAAUAAAAGUGGCUAUGGCCAUGUUAUGGCUUAUUGGGCUAGUUCAGUGAAAUACAAGAGCUCAUUUUAUUUAACAGCUUGAGGAUCAAUAACUUACCAGGUGCAGCGGCCACCCUUUCGGCAGGCGCCGCGCCGCGCGGUGGAUCCUCUGCCGCUGUAGAGUAAACACAUUAAUGUUUACGAACUGCACACACAAUUGGCGAUAAUUAAAACACUCAUUCCUCUGA